AUGUCCUCCUCGCGCCUGGCCCGGCCCUUGCGCGCAAUACACUCAUCCGCCAGGGCCAGCAAUUCACACGCUCGCACUCUUGUAGGGCCGCCGGACCCUGUCUCGAACCUGCGGCCAGUCAUCUACGCAGACGCGCCUCUACCGUCGGCGAGCGGGUCGGGCGCAACGCACAACUCAAAUCACCCAUAUUCACUGUCCGAAUUUCCGAGAUCCGCGCUGAAUGAUGCGGAUUACCGCUGGCGUCUGCGUAGGGAGGAGUUGGACGCGUUCAAUCAUGCCUUUUGGACAGACAGCAAUAAACGCUUUGAGGCAGCACGGGUAGCAGCAUUAGACGCGUUGCCGGCUGAUGCGUCGCCAGAGACGCGUGAGGCAGUGCUCUCGGAUUUCUACCGCCGUUGGGUCAUGCAGGAGGCACCACGGCAGGCAGCAUAUACGCGCGAAUUGCGCGUAAGGACGGUUGAAGAAAUUCGUCUUUCCUUGCGUGCCCGUUGGUUGAAGCUCAAGCAACAAGUUGGGCUUGCACCGGCACCCUCGCCGAAUAAUCAAGCCUUUUGA